CUGAAAUUCAUUUUUGCAUUGUUAAAACGAUUAUUAUUUAUUGGUUUCUGGUUCCUGUUAAACUCCUUUUAAAAUUGAUAACUGUUAAUUCGGAUACUAAGCGCAUAUUCACAUCACUAACAAAACACCUAGGAUCUUUCUGUUCUCUGUUGCCGUUGGAGCAGCAUUGCCACACCACAGUUCUAGUUCUGCUAUAUGCUACCUUUGACCCUUAGACUAGAAGCACAUAUGUUGAACAUUGUUUAUUUAAAUUUUCGCCAUUUUGCACUCUGAUUUAUGUAUAGUCCGAAACUGUAUUACUCUAUUACUUGACGUUAUGCAUGAUUGUAAAAAUCCACAGCACUGUUGUGCCCACCUAGAUGAAUCCUGGAGACCCAAAUACCUACCUCUCGUUCCUCUGAGUGACUGUUUGAUUUUGGUGGCAUAUUUUAAACAACUUUUUAACUUUGGGGAAUGUUUUCAUUGCCGUUUAAGCUACUCAACACAAAUAGUCAUAUUCAUUUAGAUUUAGACAGUGUGGCUUAAAAGCGACAUUCAUCAUAUUAUAACUUUUUAAUGUUUGUUAUUGGCAACGCUGUCUGCCUAUUUCCAGUUGCUAUGCCUGUGUCUCUCUCUUACUCACUCUAGUUAUGGGACUGUUUACCAGUUUUCAGUGAUUUUUAGUCUCACCGUCUCACUCUUCCACUUCCCUUGAUCGAAUAAACAUGGCAGACAUUUCGAAAGAAGAUCUCCGCAAAGAAAUUGCCGCCAUCUUAAAAGAUGCCGACUUAUCUUCCACAUCCGCUAAAAAGGUGCGACAAGAGUUGGAAGAAAAGCUGGAUGCGAAUUUGCAAUCAAGAAAGAAGGAAAUUGAUGAUCUGGUCAUGGAGUUUGUAAGCUCAAAACAGGACAAGAAGAAGAAGGGGAAGAAAGCAGAUUCUGAAGAGGAUGAGGAGGAAGAAGAAGAAGAGGAAGAAGAGGAAUCUGAAGAUGAUAAGAAGAAAAAGAGAGCAUCCACGGGAAAGAAACCAGCUGCUAAGAAAGCCAAGAAAACUUCUGAUGAUUCUGCCAGUGAACAAAGCGAAGCUGAUUCUGAAGAGGAAUACAGUCCUAAGAAAGCAAAGCCUGUCAAGACCCGCAAACUUCCUCCCAAGAAGAAGAAGGGCUCAGAGUCUGAUUCUGAUGAAGACUGGGGCAAAAAGAAGGGGAAAAAGGGUGGCGGCAAAAAGGGUGGCAGUGGAUACACCAAGACCAUGACUUUAUCUCCAGAGUUAGCGGCUCUGGUUGGAUCAGACUCGAUGGCCAGACAUGAGGUGGUCAAAAAGGUAUGGGCCAUCAUCAAAGAAAAGAACCUCUAUGACCCCACCAACAAGCAGUAUGCCAUAUGUGAUGCUGCUUUGAUGAAAGUUAUCGGAGUAAAGCGUUUCCGUACCUUUGGUAUGAUGAAAUAUCUAAAAAAUCACUUUAUCAGUUAAAUUGUUACAAUGAAACCACUCUACUAGCGUAUCACAGUUCUGUGCUAUGUUCAUGUUUUGAUUUUUGACGUGUUCGAAGUAAUUGUGUUCUUUCUUCAAAGCAUUGUGCAUCUUGAAAAAAUGUUUUAUAAAGUAUGAUUGGACUUUAUGAUGUAAUAUCAUUUACAUUCUCUGUGUGUACUUCGUCGUGUCAAAAGGAAAUAGUAUUCAGUGUUCUGAUUUUAUUUUAUCCAAUAUUGCAAGUAGUAGUGUUGAUCUCUGGAAAUAUUUCUGCAACACUUACAUUUCUGAGUAUUCAGAACCUUUUCAGAAUUGUGUGCAAAAAACCUUAAAAUUAUAACUUGAGCAAAUUUGAACUUUGCUCAUCCAGUAUAUGCAGUUUUGGUCGCUACAUCUAGAUCCAUCUUUUUCUCAAUCUCAAUCUCAAUCUCGUAUUAAUAAUCAUGCUGGUUGGUGACAGUUUGACUAAAUUGAUUGAGUUAAAUUAGAAUAUUUUUUAUUGUAAGCUUAUCAAUUGAACUGAAUAUUCUAGUUUUAAGUUUAUAUACUGAUUUUUUAUUUUUUUCAAUUCCACUGUAGUUUACGAAAUUCCUGUGCACUUGUAUAUGUUUUUCGAAAUUAUGUCUGGAGAGAAAAGUUUGUAACCAAUAAAAAUAGUAAAAGUAC